ACAUAAAUUUUAUAUGCACUGGGAGACCAAAAAAUUCAUAUAACUCGCCUUAUUGUGAUACUCACUUUAUUGUAGUGAUCUGGAACCAAACCUGCAAUAUCUCCAAAUUAUGCCUGUAUUCUAGUUUCUGACUCUUAAAGGCCUUUUAUGAAUUAUAAUAUCUAAUUAUCUUACAUUUUCUUUGAAAGUUUAAGUACGGCUGUGUCAUGGACAAAAAAUCCUGAAGGUGACAUAUGGAACUGGUAUUUAGCAUGUUGUCCUGAGCUCCAGGCUUUUGUAGUAUCAGGUUUCUCAUGAGGAUAAUAUAUAUUAGCCCUCUUCUCCCUACCAAAAAUUAAUGCAAAAAUCCUUCAAGGAAAAAUGAGUCUUUAUGAACUCUUCUUUAAUUCCAUUUCUUAAUUUCAGAACCUUUCUUUGUGAGAUGUUGUCCCAGGAGCCCACUCAGAGGGAAACUAGUCUCCCUAUGAGAGCUUGCUGCUGGAGGACACCCCACAGGACAGAUUCCAUCUGUUGGAAUCCAAACGAUAUGGUGGCUGUUACUCACAUGGACUUUUUACUUUUCAUGGAGCUAAGAGGAAAAAAGUGAAUAUGGUUUUUGCUCACAGAAUGGAUAACAGCAAGCCUUCUUUGGUUAUUCCUACACUUCUGAUACCCUUCCAAAACCACAGUUGCACUGAGACAGCCAUACCUCUGCCAAGCCAUGACCUGAUGGAAUCCUAUGAGGAGCAUAGUUGGCAGAGCAACAGAACAGACCUGCAAUAUGGACUGAAACCUGGGGAAGUGGCCACAGCCAGCAUUUUCUUUGGGACCCUGUGGUUGUUCUCUAUCUUUGGCAAUUCCCUGGUUUGUUUGGUCAUCCAUAGAAGCAGGAGAACUCAAUCCACCACCAAUUACUUUGUGGUCUCCAUGGCAUGUGCUGACCUUCUCAUCAGCGUUGCCAGCACGCCUUUUGUCCUGCUUCAGUUCACUGCUGGAAGGUGGACACUAGGUAGUGUAAUGUGCAAGGUUGUGCGAUAUUUUCAGUACCUCACCCCUGGUGUCCAGAUCUAUGUUCUCCUCUCCAUCUGCAUUGACCGGUUCUACACCAUUGUCUAUCCUCUGAGCUUCAAGGUGUCCAGAGAAAAGGCCAAGAAAAUGAUUGCAGCAUCGUGGAUCUUUGAUGCAGCCUUCGUGACCCCUGUGUUCUUUUUCUACGGCUCCAAUUGGGACAGUCAUUGUAAUUAUUUCUUCCCUUCCUCUUGGGAAGGAACUGCCUAUACUGUCAUCCACUUUUUGGUGGGCUUUGUAAUUCCAUCUGUCCUCAUAAUUUUAUUUUACCAAAAGGUCAUAAAGUAUAUUUGGAGAAUAGGCACUGAUGGCCGAACAGUGAGGAGGACAAUGAACAUUGUACCAAGGACAAAAGUGAAAACCGUCAAGAUGUUCCUCAUUUUAAAUCUAUUGUUUUUGCUCUCCUGGCUGCCUUUUCAUGUUGCUCAGCUGUGGCACCCCCAUGAGCAAGACUAUAGGAAAAGUUCCCUUGUUUUCACAGCAAUCACGUGGAUAUCCUUUAGUUCUUCGGCUUCUAAACCUACUCUGUACUCAAUUUAUAAUGCCAAUUUUAGGAGAGGAAUGAAAGAGACUUUUUGCAUGUCCUCAAUGAAAUGUUACAGAAGCAAUGCCUAUACAAUUACAACCAGCUCAAGGAUGGCCAAAAAAAAUUAUGUUGGCAUUUCAGAAAUCCCUCCUACAGCCAGAACGAUAACCAAAGACUCAAUCUAUGAUUCAUUUGACAGAGAAGCCAAGGAAAAAAAGCUUGCCUGGCCCAUUAACUCAAAUCCACCAAAUACUUUUGUCUAAUUUCUCAGAAUUCUUUCAAUUAUUGUUAUGUGCC